GAGCGAAAAGUGAUUAAAUAUGUUACAUUUCUUUGAUAUUUAACUAUAAUUUAAUGUUUCGGUUGGUUGAUAAAGCGCCAUCAAACGACUCAAUAUGUGCACUUUGAGCUCAGGCCAAAGCAAUCAAACAUCGAUCAGUCUUCUGUGUUGACAGUCAGGAAGAUGGCAUCCACGAACCAGAAUGAUCAAACAGCACAGGCUACCCCUUCCGCCAGCAGUGAUGCACCAGCUCCCCCCAGAGAGGCACUGGUUUCUACUGCUAUAAAAUUUCUUCAAAAUCCAAAGGUAACACAGAGUCCCUUGGCCACCAGAAAAGCGUUCCUACAGAAAAAAGGCUUGACAGAUGAGGAGGUUGAGUUGGCCAUUCAACGUUCGGGCAGCACAGAAGAGGUCCUGCCUGUUAGAAUUGCAGGCCCUCCCCAUCCUCUUGAUUCGCCUCACUUCGCUGCUGUUCCUCAAAGUUCAAAUGGCUACCGAUGGAGAGACUAUGGUGCAUUUGCCGUCAUGAUGGUGGGCAUAACCUACAGCUGUCAUCUUCUUUACAAGAAAUACAUCCUUCCCCUCAUUAUGGACAGCCGAGAGGACAAGAAGCAUCUGCAGAAGAUGGAGAGCAACAUCGCAGCAAUGAGUGGCACGCUGACACAGACAGUUGGACAACUGCAGCAUACCAUGACUUCACUCCAGGAGCUCCUAGUCCAGCAGCAGCAGAAAAUCCAGGAGCUCUCUCAGGAACUAACCACAGCAGAGACGGCGUCUGCAUCUAGCCGCAUCCUGGAAAACCAAAUGGUUGGAGAGCUGAAAGCUGAGAUAGUCUCUUUGAAGGGUUUACUGCUCAGCAGGAGACAAUUUCCUUCAACUCCCGCAAUAUCUAAGAUCCCAUCUUGGCAGAUUCCCUUGAAAGACCCCCCCGCAUCCAGCUCCCAGUCUGUCAACCACAGCAGCAGCGAUAUCUCACCUGUCAGUAAUGAGUCAGCCAACUCCUCCCCUGUCAAAGACGGAUGCACCAGCCCAGGGGAUGUGUUAGGUGGGGCACUCUGUGUCAAUGGUGAUGUUGUAGGCCUCGACACAGCACUACCCUUGGACUUAAAAGAUCAAGUUCCCAUUGAGGUGCAGGGAGAAGAGGAAGUAAAUGGCAAUGUCACCCAGGAAAAGGGAGAGGUGGACGCUCUAAGUGAGCAGAGCGAUGAUUGUCAAGGUAGAGAUGGACAGAUCCACAAACCGGAAGACUAAGCCAGGUGGAUUAGAAAUGUGUUAAACUCCCCAACAUAUUUUCCAAAUUCAUUUAGUCUGUACGUCAGAGUCCUCUGCUUAGAAUCGUUCUUCUUAUGCCAUCUUUACUGUGGGCUUCUAUGUAUUUAGGGGCAUUUCAAAUCAUGUGAAACCUCAUCUCACAAACCUAAUUCCCAAAGUCUGCUACUGAAUAGAAUCAACUCCACCCACCCUCUAGCCUCUAAACUUGUCGCCUUAAUGCAUAGCUGUCGCAGUUACCGAACAGAAAUUGUACAACAGGACUGUGACUAUAACUGAAGAAUCGUGCAUGAACCUGGAACAGUUGGUUUUGAUAUAACAAUCCACUGUUAAAUUUCCUGAAGCUUUUACAUUUGCACAGCUUGUAAAAGCCUAUAUUUUUACCUUUUUCCCAGGUUGCUGUUACAUAUAAACAGUGCUGACACAUAAUAGACACAUAUAUUCAAAAGUGCAGUUUCACUAUAUGUGGGAAGGAACCAAGCGCUGGCACAGAUAGCAAAUUUGCUUUGUAUUGGCUGCCCCAUGUAAAAAUACAAAAAUCUAUUUUUGCCGAUAUUCUGGUCCAAAGUAGAGUAUGAGCUCCUAGUUGCCUGGCCAUUUAGGUUCUAUGUAGAAGAUUUCAACUUCAUAUGGAGUCAGAAGUCAUUUGUUCAUCGCAUCACGCAAAAUAAUACAGGGCCACUUUCAUUUCACUUUCACAUUUAGCUGGGUUCUCUUUUGAUGCCAAUCGAAAAGGACAAUUCCGACAAGGGCCUGAGCUUUUAGCCUCUUUUAUGUGUCCUUUCGCAUUGGUGUCAGUCUGUCAAUAAUUCACAAGGCCAGCAGGAUGGUAUUUGGGUGAAAUAAAAGCCCUGAAAUUCAAGAUUAGAAUGUGAUGAGUGGCUUUCUUCCAUGCCAGUGUCAGGGUGCUCAGAGGAGAGUGGAAGAUAAAUGUUUUUUUUUCCACUGCUUUCCUCUUUCACUGAAGGCUGAAUUGCGAAUCACAGAGAAUUUGUUUGUUUGGUGGGUGGCAGGUGAAGGAGGGGGGCAGACUUGUAUGGUAUGCUCUGUCUACAUCUCCAGCAGAGCAGCUGAUUUGGUUUGUGAAGUAUGUUAAUAAUCAAAUGAUCAACAAAUAACAGAUGUAUUAGUUCAUGCAGCUCGAAAUGUCAAGCAGGCUAAAAGUGUAAAUCUAAUACAGAAAGCGCAGUUGCAUUGUGUUAUUUUUUUCGUAACGAGCCCCCUGGUACAAAUUAGACAGCACCUCCCACGGUGACUAAUCUUUACUGAAAACUGCGUCCAUAUUUUGUUAUUAUGAUGCAGUAAGACACCAAGGGCUGCCACAGAUGGAAGUUGCAGAAUUUGUGUCACUUGUUUUCUCAGUGUGUGUAUGAAGGUUAAUGCGGGAAGCUUAUAAAAAUGCCCCGUGAUUGAAAAGGAAAGUAAUAAAUGAUUACUUGACUCAUUGAAUUAGUCACUCUGUUUACAGCUCGAGACGAGUCUGUGAGUGAGAAGACAGGAUAAAUCUCAGCACACAUGUAAUAGUUCUGACCAACGAUUGACUGUUUGUUUCAAUUAUCUGGCUUUGUACCUAAUGCUUAGUAGAACACUGUGAAAUAUGCUUUUUGUUUGAAGGUUAUCAAAUGAUAAUAAAAAUGGUUUAAAUUGAUAUAAACCAUUGGGGUUUUUUUUCUGUUUGUUUUUCGCUAUCUUCAGUAACUUUGGUUCACUUUUGCAUUUAACACUUGUAAUUGCAGUUCAUUAAAAAACAAUCCAGUCCAUUGAAAUAAUUUAGUGAUAUAAUAAAUGGGAGGAUAGGACCAAGCCUGAAAGUGAAUGAUGAUUGCCCACGAAUAGGCUGACUCAAAAGGUUAUACAGUAGUAUGGAAAAGCUUGGGCACCACUGAUAAUUUGUAAGAUUUUCCUUUGUAAAUCACUCAUUGUUUGGAGAAAAAAACAGUUAAAUAUAACAUAUAGCAGAUGAACACAGUAAUAUUUGAGAAAUAAAAAUGAAGCUUAUAGGAUAAACAAAGUGCUUAAUAAUUAUUUAAACAAGAAUAGGCCGGUUCAUACAGUGUAUCACGAAAGUGAGUACACCCCUCGCAUUCCUGCAGAUAUUUAAGUAUGUCUUUUCAUGGCACACCAAUGACAAAAUGACACUUUGACACAAUGAAAAGUAG